AUGGAAGAUUCACGUACACAACCGUCUCCGUCACGUAACCUAGUUCACGCUGAAAACUCCACAAUAAUUACCUCCCAGAUACUCGCUAGACUUCCGGCGAGAUCCCUUAUGCGGUUUUGUACCGUAUCGAAGCUUUGGUUCUCUAUCCUCCGCAGCAAAUAUUUAGCCGACUUGUUCCUGGCUCAGUCAAAGACUCGGCCUCGUCUUCUUUUCACAUUCAAGGACAUGGAUUCCGGUAAGCGUUUUUUCUUCUCGGCUCCUGAAGACCAAACGGACAACAAAUCCUCCACAGACGACAAAUCCUCCACAGUUAUCGCAAGACACGGCAUCACGAUCUCGGAUCUAGACUACAUCACAUCUGCCCCCGUAAACGGAUUCGUAUGCUACACACGUGGUUCAUCGGUUGUUCUUUGUAAUCCCACCAAUGGAUAUUAUACACAAACUUUUCCCGAGCAUCUGGUUCACUCGCUAAACUUUAGGUUCGGAUGGAGAAAGAUCCAGACCAACGCAGAUCCUUACGCCUACGUAGAAGGUGGGAUUUGCAUGGAUGGUUCUAUAUACUACGGAGUUGGGCAUACAAGGAUAGCUAGAUUUGAUGUUGGAUCCGAGAAUAUUGCGUUUAUUCAAGGACCCGAAGACUAUAAUGCAAUCUCUUGUUAUUCAACACUCACGAAUUACCAAGGAAAAUUAGCAUGUAUAAGCUACGGUGAAUCCCAUGAGAUGCGUAUGUGGAUUCUACAAGAUGCCGAGAAACAAGAAUGGUCGAACGUCAUGACUUGUUAUGUGCCUUGUGACAAGAAGACAUCUUUGUGCACUGGAGAGAUUCAUACCAACGAGGUUGUAAUGGCUUCUAGAUGGUUAGAGUCAUCUAAGCCCUUCUAUGUUUACUAUAUGGAUAUGAUGAGGGAGAGUAUCAGAAGAGUUCAGAUUGAUGGACUGGCGGAUAAUGAGUUUAGACGUAUCCACGGAAUUGGCAAGAAUGCUCUUAGGAUUUCGUGUUACCCAGGUCACGUUGAGCAUUUUGUUGGGUGCCCUAGUUGGUAG